GUGACAGGCCACCUCUGCUCCACCACCGCCGCUCCACGUCGCGGCUUUUCUCCCUCCCCUCCGUCUUUCUCUCCGCCAGGCAUCCCAGACGCGGAGCGGAGAUACCUUCCUUCCCGCACCGCACGAGAUUGUGGUCUCAACCUCCUGACGGCGACGGCGAGCCUCUCGGAGGCCACCUCCGAUCUAAGAGGUGCGCCCCUCCCUCGUUGGAAUCUGACCAACUUCUCCUCUCCACCAUCCCGCACCUUUCCUCUCCCUUUCAUGGCCCAUCCUCCACCCAAGCUCCGAUCCGACCCAAUGCGGCUAUGAAAUCUCUGCUGCUGUCCCACUGCCGCCGCCGUGCCGUAGCUUAGCGCCUCCGCCUCCGCCGUCGCCUCGCACCCCAAACCCCUGCAACCUUCGCGGCCACUGCCGCUCCCGUUCCACCUCAUCGCGAUCUUGGGCGUUGGCUUUUGAGAAUCAUUAGCAGAAGUAUUGAACCCUGAGUUUUCAUUUAUUUCGUCCUGGUUAUUGUGAGAAUGCGGAGGUUCAAUCCCUUUGGGGGGAAAGUACAGACUGGAGUGGAAGGCCGCACCAUUGAUGUAAGGAAUGUGAAGAUCACAGUACGCAAUGCCAUUGCACAAGGAGGUUUCUCUUGUGUGUAUCUCGCAUGUGACGCGUUGCACUCGUCAAAGCAGUAUGCAUUGAAGCAUAUCAUUUGCAAUGACUCGGAAUCGCUUGAUCUUGUCAUGAAGGAGAUCCAGGUGAUGAAUCUCCUCAAAGGGCAUGCCAAUGUCGUCACACUGGUUGCCCAUGAUGUUUUUGACAUGGGCCGCACAAAGGAGGCAUUGCUUGUGAUGGAGUUUUGUGAGAAGUCCUUGGUGAGUGCGAUGGAGAGCAGAGGUACUGGUUACUAUGAGGAGAAGAAGGCACUUUUGAUAUUCAGAGACGUCUGCAACGCGGUUUUUGCUAUGCAUGGGCAGUCACCACCAAUUGCGCAUAGGGAUCUUAAAGCCGAAAAUGUUCUUCUUGGAUUAGAUGGUGCAUGGAAACUAUGUGACUUUGGAAGCACGUCAACAAAUCAUAAAUGCUUUGACAAGCCAGAAGAUAGGGGGAUCGAGGAAGAUAUCAUUAGGAAGCAUACGACCCCGGCAUAUAGAGCACCUGAGAUGUGGGAUCUCUACAGAAGAGAAGUUAUUAGUGAGAAGGUUGAUAUUUGGGCCCUGGGAUGUCUUCUCUAUAGAAUAUGCUACUUCAAAUCCGCGUUUGAUGGAGAGUCGAAGUUGCAGGUCCUUAAUGGCAAUUAUCGCAUUCCAGAACAACCUAAGUACAGCACCAGUGUCACAGGGCUGAUCAAAGAUAUGCUGGAAGCAUCUCCAAAUGCCAGACCAGAUAUCACACAGGUCUGGUUUCGUGUUAACGAACUACUGCCUCUUGAGUUACAGAAGAGUUUACCUGAUGGGGCUUCAGCAGCAAUUUCUAUGGGCUUGCAGGACGAUGGUGCUUAUAAAAGAACACAUGUGACGCCUAAAAGGAACCCCCCUGCACCUCCAAGAGAACAAUCUGAUAACUCAUCAUCUCAUGGAAGUGCAAAUGCCGGAGAUGCACCUCUAGGUGCAUUUUGGGUGACCCAACAUGCACAGGGUUCUCAAGUUGCUGAUAAUAGGAAUCCCUUGUUUGACGAGGAACCAAUUAAACCAUCACCUUCAUCAAAGUAUAACCAAAGUAGGGUGGAUAUCAGCACCACUACCCCUGGAGAUAGGCAUGGUCAUUCUGGUCAGGCUUUACGAAAUACAACAAGUAACACUGUAUCCAGUAAUGGACUUAAGGGUGGUUCGGACAUAAAUCUUUUCAUGGAACCACAAGGUUAUGUGAAAAAUAAAGCAUCACAGCCACAAAGCAAGACUAUAUCUGGGAACGAUCCCUUCAACAGUUUUGUCGCAGAUUUUGAUGCAAACAAUCUGCAUUCAGGGACUACUGCUACUGGUAAGACAUCCGAGCUUGAAGAUGAAGUGUCCAAUCUGAAGGAGCAGUUGAAGAAAACCACGUCGGAGAAGGCUGAGAUGACAGCCAAGUAUGAAAAGCUGUCGGCAAUCUGCCGCUCCCAGCGCCAAGAAAUUCAAGAGCUGAAGCGCACUGUUGCUGAGACUACACCGCCGCCUUCAAAUAAAGUCAGCUCAAGGAUACCAGAACUUGGAUCCCAGCGGAAGGAGAGGAUUGAAGGAACGGUGUGGGAAGUUGAGCAAGGAAUGCUCUCAGGCAACUCCUCGGUACCCAGCUCUGAGGCCAAGACAUGGCAGGCAUUCCCUGAGGCGAAAGCUCAGGCCAGGCCAAAGGUCGACCAUGCAACCAAUGGGAGGCAAAACCUAAUACGGAACACGAAUGCGGGGCCUUCCUCUGAUGCGUGGGGUUUCGGCACAUCAUCUGGUAGCACUGCAGCAGCAGCACAGAUGAACAGAACGAAUGCCCAGGGGAGUUCCUCCCAGAGAUUGAGCACGGGGGCAGCGAAGAAAGUAGAUCAGCCAUCGGGAUGGGCCGGAUUCUAGCUUCUCAUCAGCACGUGGUAAUCUCGGGUCUCUUGUUUCUAAUCACAUGCUACUCUGCAAGUUGCAAAAGCAUGAGAUGAGUUGUGAUUGUUGCCUGCCCAAAAUUCGUUAUUUUAAGGGCGUUGAUAGUUGCUUGAGCCGACCUGGACGUCGGUUUUCUGGGGUCGUUUGUCAAGUACCUUGUUAAUAAAUUUAUGUUUAAAUAUGUAUAUUUACGUGUA